AUGGCCUUGCAGCUUGGUAUCAUUGAUUUUAAUGCCAACCCAGACACAUUUCAUCCAAUCCUUAUGAUAGAUGCUGAAGAUAAAGGCAAUCUUCAAGAAAUAUUGGCGAGGUAUCCGCAAAAUUUCAAUGGUAUUGGCAAGCUCCAUCACCAUAAAGUUAAAUUACAUGUAGACAAGGAAGUUAAACCAGCCAAUGUGCCACCAAGACCAUUUCCAUAUCAUCUUAAGGAAAGAGCUCAGAAGGCGAUUGAAGAUAUGAUCCAGCAAGACAUCAUCGAAGAACACCCCAGGGAUGAACCUGCCCCAUGGGUUGCAAAUGCUGUUUUGGCACCAAAGGAUGACGGUAGUCUUUGGGUUACAAUGGAUGCCCGCAACGUAAACAAAGCCUUGUACCCAACAAAUCACCCUAUCCCACGUCAUGAAGAUAUCAAAGCGAAACUAUCUGGCUGUCGAGUCUUUUCCAAAAUGGAUUUUAAAAUCCGCGUUCUGGCAGAUUGA